UGGGUUCUUACAUAUUAAAGGGCAAAAUUCAGAGCAAGGGAGAGGUAGACAGGACCUGUGAAAAGCAGUGGUGAGUUUAGGGAAAAUAGCUAGGAGCCCUGUGAUUUGGAGCGUGAAAACUCUUUAUUACUGUUGUUACUUUAACUGUUUCCAGGAUGGCCUGCCUCCUUCGUGCAUUUCAGAGAAUUUCCGCAGGGGUUUUCUUCUUAGCACUUUGGGGCAUGGUUGUAGGUGACAAGCUGCUGGUGAUCCCUCAGGAUGGAAGCCACUGGCUUAGUAUGAAGGAUAUAGUUGAGGUUCUCAGUGACCGGGGGCAUGACAUUGUAGUGGUGGUGCCUGAAGUCAAUUUGCUUUUGAAAGAAUCCAAAUACUACACAAGAAAAAUCUAUCCAGUGCCGCAUGACCAAGAAGAGAUGGAGAACCGUUACCAAUUGUUUGGAAACAAUCACUUUGCUGAGCGAUCAUUCCUGACUGCGCCUCAGACAGAGUACAGGAAUAACAUGGUCGUUAUUGACAUGUACUUCAUCAACUGCCAGAGCCUCCUGCAGGACGUGGACACCCUGAACUUCCUCAAGGAGAGCAAGUUCGAUGCUCUUUUCACAGACCCAGCCUUACCCUGUGGGGUGAUCCUGGCUGAGUAUUUGGGCCUGCCCUCCGUGUACCUCUUCAGGGGUUUUCCGUGUUCCCUGGAGCAUACAUUCAGCAGAAGCCCAAACCCUGUGUCCUAUAUUCCCAGGUGCUACACAAAGUUUUCAGACCACAUGACUUUUCCCCAACGAGUGGCCAACUUCCUCGUUAAUUUGUUGGAGCCCUAUCUAUUUUAUUGUCUGUUUUCAAAGUACGACGACCUCGCAUCAGCUGUCCUCAAGAGAGAUGUGGAUGUAAUCACCUUAUAUCAGAAGGUCUCUGUUUGGCUGUUAAGAUAUGACUUUGUACUUGAGUAUCCUAGGCCAGUCAUGCCCAACAUGGUCUUCAUUGGAGGUACCAACUGUAAGAAGAGGAAAGACCUGUCUGAGGAAUUUGAAGCCUACAUUAAUGCUUCUGGAGAACAUGGAAUUGUGGUUUUCUCUUUGGGAUCAAUGGUCGCAGAAAUUCCAGAGAAGAAAGCUAUGGCCAUUGCUGAUGCUUUGGGCAAAAUCCCCCAGACAGUCCUGUGGCGGUACACUGGAACCCCACCAUCGAAUCUUGCGAACAAUACGAUACUUGUUAAGUGGCUACCCCAAAACGAUCUUCUUGGUCACCCAAUGACCCGUGCCUUUAUCACCCAUGCUGGUUCCCAUGGUAUUUAUGAAGGCAUAUGCAAUGGCGUUCCCAUGGUGAUGAUGCCCUUGUUUGGUGAUCAGAUGGACAAUGCAAAGCGCAUGGAGACUAAGGGAGCUGGAGUGACCCUGAAUGUUCUUGAAAUGACUUCUGAAGAUUUAGAAAAUGCCCUAAAAGCAGUCAUCAAUGACAAAAGCUACAAGGAGAACAUCAUGCACCUCUCCAGCCUUCACAAGGACCGCCCGGUGGAGCCGCUGGACCUGGCCGUGUUCUGGGUGGAGUUUGUGAUGAGGCACAAGGGCGCACCACACCUGCGCCCCGCAGCCCACGACCUCACCUGGUACCAAUACCAUUCCUUGGACGUGAUCGGUUUCCUCCUGGCCAUCGUGCUGACAGUGGCCUUCAUCACCUUUAAAUGCUGUGCCUAUGGCUACCGGAAAUGCUUCGGGAAAAAAGGGCGAGUUAAGAAAGCCCACAAAUCCAAGACCCAUUGAGAAAUUGGUGGGAAAUAAGGUAAAAUUUUGAACCAUUCCCUAGUCAGUUCCAAACUUGAAAACAGAAUCAGUGUUAAAUUCAUUUUAUUCUUAAGGAAAUACUUUGCAUAAAUUAAUCAGCCCCAGAGUGCUUUAAAAAAUUAUCUUAAAUAAAAAUAAUAGAAUCACUAGUCAGUAAAGAUAGUUGAAUAUGUAUCGUGCCCCCUCCGGUGUCUUCGAUCAGGAUGACACGUGCCAUCUUUCAGAGGAUGUGCAGACAGGCUGGCGUUCUACAUGCCUUUUCUUACUCGGAAACAUGACCUGUUUGGGAGUGCAGGAUUCAAAGGUGGUCCCACUGCUGCCCCUAUUGCAAAUGGCAGUUUUAAUCUUAUCUUUUGGCUUCUGUAGAUGGUUGCGAUUGAUCCUUAACCAAUAAUGGUUUGUUCUCAUCUCUGUCCGUGCUUCAUAGGCGCCCCCUCGUGUGUUUAAAGAGGGGAAACUUUGUACCUUUAGAGCAUAGGUGAAAUGAGUGAAUGGCUUGGAGUGCACUGAGAACAGCAUACAAUCUAUUGCUUUGGGGAAAAAGAAUGAUGCUGUAAAAUUGAUGGGUGGUGUGUUUGAGAAGAUAAUCAUUGCUUAUGUCAAAUGGAGCUGAAUUUCAUAAAAACCCAAAAUACAGUGAUGAAGUGCUGGGCAAGCGUAUUUUUUUCUUAUGUUCCCUGCAACCAAAUAAAUUUAUAUAAAUUCUAUUUAA